UCACCAAAGUCACCUUUACACACAUCACCAAGGUCACCUUCACACACAAUACCCAAGUCACCUUCACACACAUCACCAAAGUCACCUUCACACACAUCACCAAAGUCACAUUCGCACAGUUUCACAUCACCGUGGCUGUCAAAAUCUUCUCCAAACAUCUUUAUGUCAUCAAACUCACCUCUCCACAAUGUCACAGUUACUCCACAUCACAAUGUCACAGUUACUCCACAUCACAAUACCUCUCUCACUCCAUCCAGCAAUGUGACCCGUACACCACAUCAACCGACCAAAGAUAUGUCGCCUUUGAUCAACGUAUCACCGUCCGUCCUUCCCUUGCUAUCAUCCUCGACCCACAUUCUCGUCUCUCCUUCUACCUUCUCUCUGGCUGGACCCUCUUCUGAUCUGAUGACUUUCAGCUCUCCUGUGACAGGUCAAGGUUCAACUGGCCAAUCUCUCGUUGGGAAAAGCCCAGGUCAAGGUUCAACGGGCCCAGCUCACAUUGUGAUUGGCCCAGAUCAAGGUUCAACUGGCCCAGCUCAUGUUGGCUCCCUGCAAGAAGUGUGCAAAUCUUCUCUACUUGAGUCCUCUGGUGAGCUAGCUGAAGGUGGGAACAAGUCAGUAGUGGAACAUCACUCUGAACUGAAACCCAUUGGAAUCCAACUCGGAGCUCAGAUACAAUCCUCACCCCAUGAGUCUUCGUUGGUCUCUGCCUCUUGUCUUACCAGCACAUGGCAGACAAGCUCUCCUGUCAGCAGUGGAGCUCAGUUGAUAGACUUUUCC